CCGACUGCCGUUGGGGACGAGGGGAAAAGGGCGCGCACACACACACACACACACACACACACACACACACACACACACACACACACACACACACACACACACACACACACAGUCGCACAGUCGCAGCCAGGUUGGUGUGGCUGGUUGUGGUGUGUUUGGUGUGGGUGGUGGCACAGGUGGGCGUGCUGCUGCGCCGGGUGCGGGUGUGCGGGUGAGUGGGAUACGCACGCCCGUUAUGGCAUCUUACGGUACAAGGAUGCCCGCGGGGCAGGCGACACUCGAUGCAAACGGGCACCAGCAGAGCCUCCUGUUGUUUCUUUGCACGCACUGAAAUGGCCAGUCUUUGUGCGCUUCGGCUCAGGGCCAGCAGCGGCCUCCAGCUGCUGCAGCCGGGACCGCGGUCCCGGGUUGCCCCGGCACCGACACCGACACCGCACCACCGCCGCACCGCUGCCCCGCGUCCCCCUGUUGGAUGCAGCAGCAACAGUGCGCAGCAGGCGUCAGGUACUUCCUCGCAGCCACCCGAGCGGCUGCAGCAGCAACAGGCGCAGCAGCAGCAGCAGACCACAGCCGGCAGUAGCAGCGCCCGCGUUGCGACCGGCAGCGGGCUGGUGGAGCUGCGUUUCGUUUCAAGCAGCCCGGCCAUUGAGAGCGAAGCCAGCAGCGCUCAGCCGCAGACGGGCGGCAAAGCCCUGUUCGCGGACCGGGCGCUGCUGUGGCACGCGUCGCCGUCCUUUGCCCGCUGCAUCGACGAGGCGAUGGGGAAUGACAGUGGUGGCGCCAGCAAGCAAAUUGUGAUCCCAAUGCCGGCGAGCGAGGAGGCAGCCGUGUCGUGGGAGCCUGUGCUCCGGCUGCUGCGGCAAGAGGACCUGCUGCCGGUCACCUGGGCCAACCUGCCGGACCUGCUGCGUGUGGCCCACACCUACGACAUGGCCGCGGUGCGCUCCGCCUGUGUGGUUUUCAUCUCGCUGCACGUCAGCCAGGUGUCGCUGCGGGACGCGCCGCUGGAGUCUGCACAGAACGUGCUGCACCUCGCCUCCCUGGCCAACAGGUACCUACACAUGAACAUUAUUAUCCUUCCCACCGGCAACACCGGCAGCGGCAGCGGCGGUGGCGGUGGCAGUGGUGUCAGCAGCAGCAAAGGAGGCGCCUCUGCAGCUUUCAGGGUCUCUGGCACGCAGGCCUGUGCUGCUGCUGCCGACUCGCACCGUGCCGGAUUGGAGCCGCAGCUGCUUCCCCUCGUGGCGUGCAUACCAGCGGUGAUGCAUAACGCCCUGGCGCAGCUGCGGUAUGAACACGACCAACCCUCACAAUCGUACCACUACGCAAGGUCGGUAGUUGACCGGCUGCGGGAAAUCUCCGGCCAUCCCAAGUACAAGGAGAUUGUGACCGAGCCCGUGCGGGAUGCGCUGUUGGCGGCCCUCCUGGCGGGCUUUGCAUGCGAGACGCCGUUCAUCAUCUCCCAAUGAGGUCCGCCCUUGAGCCCGCCAGGCAGGUUGCACCCUACCCGUGUCUUCCAUCUACGCUAUAGAAAGCUUGCUUGCCCACAUCCGCCGAAUGCGGUAAGAUUUCCUGGGUAGCUUCUGCGGAGCGUAGAUGUGUUGACGCGGACUUGGUAGGAUCUUCAACGUUCAGGGCGGGGUGGGGGUGGGGGGGGUGGGGGACUUGGCAGCUUGCCCCUUAAGAGCAUUUGCCGGGCGGAUAGAGGCGGUGCGGAAGUACGCAGGUGUGGUGGACCUCUGGGCGGCAUGCAUCGCCUGGUGGGCAUUGCCACAGGAGCAGCGGACGGAUUGAUGUGAUGAUGUGUGGACAGAACGAUUUGAUGCUGGCAACAAGUCAGCCGGUGCAGCAGGAGCGCCCUGCCAAGGCUUUCUGAAAGAGCUGUGAGACUUUCGCGCCGUCGGGCCUUCCUGUCACUGUCCGCGUCCUGAACAAUGAAGUGGUAUGUUGGAGUUGAUUGCAUGGGAUGAGGUGUUGCAGUUUGCAGUUGCUGGUGAAGUCAGCUAGUAGGCGUGAGGCUGGCGCGGUCCUGAGCUGCUUAUUGCUCGUGCGUGUUGGCACGUGCUUUUGCUUGCUGCCAUGCAUUUCAUGUAUUGCGCACCCAUGGAAUGUCCACGCUCUUUGGUGU